AUGGCUUUAUGUUUGGGCAUGAUUAAACUCGAAGUAAUUGAAGAAAUUGAAGAGUUCAAAAUAAUUGAAGAGCUUGAACCAGGCAAUGGAAGUUCAACAUUGGUUCAAUUGUAUAAUAAUGCAGAAUAUGCAGAAAAAAAUACCAUUAAAUCAAGACAAUUAGAGAUUAUGGCUUGGUACAAUUUCUUGGAGGAAUAUGAAAAAAAUGUGGAAAAAUUAAUAUUAAAUGCUAAAGAGUAUAUUUCCGAUAAGGCUGCAAGAGGCCAUGUAUAUUCAGCUUUUAGAAAACAUUUUCCUGGUGUGCAAACUACAACUUUGUACAGUAGAAUUUUGAAAGCUAAAAAAAUCCAUACACUAUUUAAAGCAAUUGGAGCCGAAAAAUUUGAUCAAAUUCAAACUUUUA